AGAUCAGAUAUAUUUGGGAUGAAAUAGCAGAUAUAAUAGAGGGACCUAGAAUCAGACUUGUUACAACCAUCAAGCAACACAUUUUAGAAUGGCACCUCAGAUCAGAAACCCAUACACUUCGUGGGAACAUGAAAUUGGUGAUGCCAGGAGUUAUUGGUUGGUGUAUUUGGAAGCAAUAUUCUGCAAUUUCAUUCGCCGGACGGUCGAUGCCAUUCUCCGGCUGAGAGCUACAGAGAGACUCGGCGGUGCAGAAGUGCUCCUUUCUCCGGCAAGACCUAGAGACGGAGAGCUAGGGAGAUUCGGCGGCACAUUUUCCAGCAAGCAGCAGCCCCCAUCAACGGAGAUCUGGGGGAAAAUUCGGCGAAGCAGCAGUGCUCCACUCACCGGCAAGCAGAAGCACCCGUCGACGGAGAGCUAGGGAGAAAUCUGGUGAUGCAACAGUGCUCCAUUCUCCGGCAAGCAGCAACCCCUGCCAUUAUCAAUAUGUUUCAGACAUAAGCUUUGGAUUUUGAUUGUGUUUGAUAAUGCUAAACCGCCGUGACAAUAACAAAGUUAAACUGAG